CGCAGAGUUUCAAACCGGCUGUGGUGGGCGAGGAGCAGCUGUGCUCGGGGUGUGAUCGGCGUUGGUGCUGUCGGGGUCUAGUGGACAGAGAAGACUCUUGGCCAGACAAAUGGCUUCUCGGUGGCAGAGCAUGGGGACCUCUGUGCGCCGGAGAUCUCUCCGGCACCAGGAGCAGCUGGAGGACAGCAAGGAGCUGCAGCCUGUGGCCAGCCAUCAGGAGACCUCUGCAGGGGCCCUGGGGUCUCUGUGCAGGCAGUUCCAAAGGAGGCUGCCCCUGAGAGCCGUCAACCUCAACCUCUGCACAGGCUCCUCCUGGAAACGCCUGGAAACCCCAGAGCCAGGUCAGCAGGGCCUCCAGGCUGCAGCUCGCUCAGCUAAGAGCGCUUUGGGUGCCAUGUCCCAGAGAAUCCAGGAGUCCUGCCAAAGUGGCACCAAGUGGCUGGUGGAGACGCAGGUGAAGGCCAGGAGGCGGAAGAGAGGAGCACAGAAGGGCAGUGGAUCCCCAGCUCACAGCCUGAGCCAGAAGAACACUCGGCUGUCUGGAGCCGCCCCUGCCCACUCAGCCACAGAGCCCCGGGAGAAGGAGCAUCACCACCUCUCUGCCCGGAUGGGCUCACGUGCCCACCCAUCACGGCGGUCAAGGCGGGAGGCUGCCUUCCGGAGCCCCUACUCCUCAACAGAGCCCCUCUGCUCUCCCAGCGAGUCUGACAGUGACCCAGAGCCUGUGGGGGCGGGAAUUCAGCAUCUCCAGAAGCUGUCCCAAGAGCUAGAGGAAGCCAUUAUGGCGGAAGAGAGAACUGUCCGUGGCUCCUCUGUGCCCUGCCUGCCUGUGGAAUAGGGAAAAGCAACCUGACUGCUAUGGAGCUCCUGGUGUCUCUGCUCAUGGCCCCAUCCUAGGGGCAGGGCCUCGGUUGUGGAUCUCCCCUAACUUGGGGCUAUUUCUCCAUUCCACUUGUAUAAUGGCCAUGAUGGGCUCUAAGGCGGAGCCCUGCCAGCUCUGUGUGUUGGAGGGCCAUAUUCCUACCACGUUUCCGGGUCUGAUCUUGUCUAACUCAGGCUGAGAGGGGCCCACUCAGAGCCCACCACACCCAGUGGCAUCAAUCCCUCCCCUUCUCUCUAGUGGUGACAUCAUCUCUCUCAUUCAUGACUGAGGAAGUGCCUGCAGGUAAUGCCCACCUCCCAAGCGUCUUUCUCACUGUCCUCCUCCUCCUCCACCUCAUGCAUGAGCAAGUUAAAGAAAAACCCACAGAGCUGAUGGGCACAGCAGAGUAGGUAGGACCCGCUUGCUGCUUGGAGCCAGAGCUGCUAACCUCACAGACCCCAUCAUUAACAGCAUGCCAGGGGCCCCGAGUAGCUACAGCCACCUUCCAGCAGCCCCCACCCCACAGCGAGCAGGGAAAGGUAUCCCUACUUCUCCGACCUUAAGCACAGUGACAAAGGCAGCUGUCUUGCAGGAAACAAGCCCUGUCUGACCGCCAAGUCUUCGUACUCAAGGAUGUCUAUGCUUCCCCAUGAGCUUCCCGGAGGAAACCCCCAGGAGUUGUCAGUACCCCCGGGCCACUGCUAACAAGCACCUAACAAGGGGCCCAGAGCCCCCUGCUCCGGCCACAUCUGGACCCAUCAGUGACUGCCUGCCAUAGCCUGAGAGUGUCUUGGGGAGACCUUGCAGAGGGGGAGAAUUGUUCCUUCUGCUUUCCCAGGGGACUCUUGAGCUUAGAAACUCAUCGUACACUUGACCUUGAGCCUUCUAUUUGCCUCGUCUAUAACGUGAAGUGCUAGCCUCAGAGGUUUGAGAGCUCUUAGCUGUGUACCCAGGUGUCUGGUUUUUGGGGAGUCCCCCGCAGAGUCACUCACCCACCGUGUUUCUGGUGCCAAGGCUCUUGGGGGCCCCAUUGUCAUCCCUGCUUUCCCUACCAGGGACUCGGAGGGAGGCAUAGGAAAUAUUUCCAGGCUUCCGACCCUGGGCUCACAGGUUUCUAUUUAUACGCUCAAGGCGGAGUACUGUGGGUGUGCCGGGAGGGGUAGCCCUGUUCAAAAGCAAUUUCUGCCCUUUGUAAAUUAUUUAAGAAACCUGCUUUGUCGUUGUAUAAGAAACCAGCGUGUGACUUUCCUAGAUGACACUGCUUUCUCAUAAUAAAGACUGCUUGCAUUUGA